UUUCUGUCAAACUGCGCCUUAUUUAGGCUUAGAGCAUCCUGUAUCCGAUACCCAGAUGGACAACAUAAAAAGUCAACUGCAAUCUUUGCACCCAGAAAUCAGCAAGAUUCUUGCGAUAAGCGGAUCCCCUGCCCUUUCGCUUGGAGUCCUUCACCAGGGAAGAAUCGUCCACACUGCGCAUUUUGGCCGCCGCAACGAAGACGAUCUCGUUGUACCAACCGAUAAGACCAUUUAUUGGAUCGGAUCACUGACCAAGAUAAUCACUGCGACCGCCGUUGCUCGACUUGUACACGAAGCUAAGCUUGAUUGGGACGUGCCCAUCAGAGAAUACCUUCCUGUAUUUCGAGUAAGACAGGAUGAAAUCGGCCUCAAGGCGACUUUGAGAGAUCUUCUGUCGUGUCGAACCGGAAUUACACCGGCCAACAGCCUAUGGAAUCUACAGUAUGGCGAAACCCUUAUUCCGAAGAGUGAAACAUCCUUCACAGCAACUUAUUUAGAUGCGGUGAAGCCCUUCCGCGAAGGUUGGGUGUACUCCCAAUGGAACUACACACUGGUGUCCGACGUAGUGGAGGCGGCGGGAACUCCGCUAUGCGAGUAUAUUGAGGAGACUUUAUUUCACCGUCUCGGUAUGAGUCAAAGCUCAUUUGCUCCUCCCCACGAAUCUAAUCCUGAUGUCGCAAAUGCUCACGGUAUACGCAACGACGGCACUCCUUCUCGAAUUCCAAACUCGAAUCUUACGGAUGCAGGAGCCGGCCCCGCCGCUGGAGCUAAAAGCUCCAUCAGAGAUCUUUUAACUUUUCUGAGCGCCCUCCUUUCAGCCCAUAAGCACCAGAAGGAGAAAGCAGUGGACGCGACACCAGGAUCACCUUUUGCCCACAUUAGACCAAUUUUUGAGCCGCAGAUCGGUUUCGGGCCUCCAGGAAGGUCUCGUAUAAACGACGCCGGAUACUGUAUGGGGUUGUAUCGAACACGGCUCCCUGGAUACCUCAGCGUUGCCAGUCCAAACUUCACUGCACUCGGCCGCAAAAGACUCGUUCAAUACGGAAUGCAGCUUAGAGGCAUGGAGGUCUAUCACCAUGCCGCCUCAAUCCCUGGUCACUUCGGUGCCAUGUACUUAGUACCAUCUAUGGAGAGCGCUGUGGUUGUCCUCACCAACUCACAGCCUUUGGUAGACCCGGCAGACUUCGCAGCGCAACUGGUGUUAUCGGUGCUGCUGGAUGAGAAACCUUCUGUUGAUUUUGUGAAGAUGGCGGAUCUAGGAAGAUCGAUUGCAUUUGAAGGGUACAAGCAGCUCGCAAAGGCUGUAGAGGAAGGUAAAACGGACAAGCCUCCUUCAAAGCCGCUUGUGGCUUAUGAAGGAGACUAUUUCAAUGCCAUUCAUAAUUUCGUUCUCUCUGUUGCAGCUACCGGGGAUGGGCUUAGCAUGGUUGUCCAGCGGAAGAAGACUGGUUUCGUACUAUUACCUUACGACGGAGAUACAUUUUAUUGGCCGGUAGAUCGAGAAGAUGAGGUUUGCAACAAGGCGAUGUGGCCAUUCACGUACCCAGACUGGCAUAGAGUCUACUUCGAAAGUAACGCUAAUGGAGCAGUAGAGCGAUUGAUUUGGAGGCAUGACCCAUAUCUUCUCAAUCCUGAAGUUUUCACAAAGACUCCAAAAUCGGCGAUGGACGCUAAGCUGUAAUCUAUAAGUACUACUUGCAAAUCUACUGUAUUGCUAAUUUGCCGGUCUUGGAGGACUUUCUUU